GUCCCACUGUUUUGUUAAUUAUAUAUACAUAAUAAUCGCGUGUAUUAUAGUUAAUUGCAAGCUAUAAUUUUAUUAGCAAUACACAAUACAAUGUUUUACAUGGUAAUAUUUGGCGUAUUGUUCAUUGUGACAUACAUUUAUUUAUAUAAAUCUCGCGGUUACGACUACUGGAGCAAACAAGGCAUACCGGGUCCCACACCUGUCCCUGUAUUUGGCAAUUAUUUCACGGCAUUCCUGACACCAAACCCUCUGAGAGAACGUAAUUUCUGUCAGAAAUAUGGCAAUAUAUUCGGUCAUUUUCUGGGUACCAUACCCGUGCUCAACAUCGCCGAUCCUGAACUGAUCAAGGCGAUUUGGGUUAAAGACUUUCACCUGUUCACCAAUCGUACCAAAGUGUGGACCCCUAACAGCCCCCUAACCGCCCGGAAUCUCAACCACUUGUGUGGGGACGACUGGAAACGUGUUCGCUCUAUAGUAUCGCCGGUGUUUACGUCGGGAAAGAUGCGACAAAUGUACCCUCAAAUCAGGGACUGUUUAUCCGAUUUUACCGCUACAUUAGACUCCCUGGCCGGUGGGCACCUUGAUGCUCAAGAUUGGUGUAGUAGAUUGGGGGACAAUUUGUUUUUUAAGUUAGCUAGGCAGAAGUUUAGUUUCAACGUGUGGAAUGAGUUGGCCGUGCUCAUUUUGCCAAAAUUUCUCCAAAAGUGGUUUAGGACAAGGGAUAGGGAGUCGGAUGAGUAUUUUUUGGAUACUGUCAGACAUAUUGUGGCGGAAAGGCGUCUGAAACCCGGUGCUAAAUAUAAUGAUUUUAUUCAACUGCUUAUGGAUUCCGAGAUUAGGGACAGUGAUGGCGAUGAUGGUGGUGCUGGUAAUGACACGGAUAUAAAUGUUGAGCAUAUAAAUAAAGGAACGAAGGAACUGGAUAUCGAUCGAAAGGUAUUCAACAUAAACAUCAAGGAUAAAAAAUUGACCGAGGACGAGAUCAUAGCGCAGGGCUACCUAUUUCUAUUGGGCGGGUAUUUGGCAACGGCUACGAUACUCGCAUUUUCGGCCUACGAGUUGGCCCUCAACCCAGACAUUCAACAGAGACUUUACGACGAGAUAAACGGUGCCAUCGAUUCAACCGCCGGUGACAUACCGUACGACGUGUUGACACGACUUCCCUAUUUGGAUGCCGUCGUGUCGGAAAUACUGCGCCGGUAUUCAAUGGUCCGGCCAUUGGCCAGAAUAGCCUCCGCUGACUACAAGUUAGGCGACACCGGGAUCACCAUUAAGGCGGCGGUACUAUCCGGAUCCAUGCCAUUGGCCAGAAUAGCCUCCACUGACUACAAGUUAGGCGACACCGGGAUCACCAUUAAGGCGGGUCAACAGGUGGAGCUGCUUAAUUUUGCCUUGCACCAUUCGGAGCGGUACUAUCCGGAUCCAUUUAAGUUUGACCCGGAUAGAUUUAUGCCGGAAAAUAGGCACCGGGUUAAUCCGUACGCGUAUAUGCCGUUUGGCGCCGGCCCUCGCAAUUGCAUUGGUAUGCGGUUCGGACUGUUGGUCGUGAAGUUAGGGUUGGCCCGUAUGGUAGGCGCGUAUCGAUUCUACCGGUGCCCGGAAACGGACGUUCCCGUCAACUAUCAGCGCUUUAUUCAUAUGAAUACU